AUGUCGGGUCCACCCAGAGUUCGAUCCAUGAAUGUGGCCAUCGCCGACCCUGAGGCACGGCCGGUACUCGUCCCCGCCGGCAACAAGGCUCGGCCCGUCGAUGGACGGAAGCCAGUAAAGAAAUCGGUGCCGGAAACGGAGAAGAAGAAGACGGCGGCGCAUUCGAAUCCUCAAUGUGUCUCAGUGCCGCACCUGGAGAUUAAUAAGAGGCAGGAUCAUCACCAAGCUGUUCUGAAAAACCUGUCGAUGAACGCUUCGUGCUCCUCUGAUGCGUCGUCGACGGAUUCUUCCACUCACAGCAGCGGCGCGUCGUCGAGUGGGAAGGUGGAACGGCGGUUGAUGAAGAAGCAGGGUGGUCCCAAGACUGAGAAGGUGAGCAUUGACAAUGUGGUUGAGGCAGAUUCAACUGAUAGCUUGGUGGACAAGAAAAGAUGUGCUUGGGUUACACCAAAUACAGAACCAUGUUACAUUUCUUUUCAUGACGAAGAGUGGGGAGUUCCUGUUCAUGAUGACAACAAACUGUUUGAGUUGCUGAGCUUCUCUGGAGCCUUAGCUGAACUUACGUGGCCUACCAUUCUUAGCAAAAGGCAGUUAUUUCGGGAAGUCUUUUUGGAUUUUGAUCCAAGUGCUGUUUCAAGAAUGAAUGAGAAAAAGAUAGCUGCACCAGGAAGUCCUGCCAACUCAUUGCUAUCAGAGCUCAGGUUGCGAUCCAUAAUUGAAAAUGCACGUCAGAUGUGCAAGGUAAUUGAAGAGUUUGGUUCCUUUGACACAUUUAUUUGGAACUUUGUGAACCAUAAGCCUAUAGUCAGCCAAUUCAGGUACCCACGCCAGGUACCUGUCAAAUCUCCAAAAGCAGAAGUCAUGAGCAAAGAUCUUGUAAGGAGAGGAUUCAGGAGUGUGGGACCAACAGUCAUCUAUACUUUCAUGCAAGUGGCAGGGCUAACAAAUGACCACCUUAUCAGUUGCUUCAGAUUCAAGGAGUGCACCUCCAACGCAGAAGCAGUGAGUAAAGAAAGCUCCCUCAACUCUAAGGUCCAAGAGAAGGCAAAUGAGGAGCCAACCGAGGUGGGUCUGUUGCUAGCUGUGAACAAAUUAAGCUUCACCUCUAAGUAGUACAAGGGCUUUGGUUGAUGUUCAUUUUGUUAAUCAGAUAACUGUCAGGGGAGAUGGGUAGGUU